GCUCCCAGCAUCGGAGCCCAGGAAGGGAUUAAGGACUCAAGGUGGUGAGGAUCGGGGCGCCAAGAUGGCCAGAGGGAGCCCAGGUCCGCACUUCGUGCUCUGGGUCUGCUUGGUGCUGGCGGUGGACUAUGGAGAAGGGCAGGAGGGAAAACCCUUCGGUGAAACGUGCCUGGAGGACUUUAGGGCAGGAAUGCCGGAUUUGGUGUUGGAUACAGACGCCUCUGUCCAGAAUGGAGCCACCUUCCUGUCGUCCCCCAUGGCCCGCCGGAGGAGGGACUGCAUAAGAGCCUGCUGUAGGGAGCCUGCUUGUAACCUGGCUCUUGUGGAGCAGGACCCGGGCACGGAGGAAGACCACAUCCGGGGCUGCUUCCUCCUCAACUGCCUCUACGAGCAGGCUUUUGUCUGCAGGUUUGCCAGGAAGGUCGGCUUCCUCAACUUCCUGAGGAAGGACGUGUACGAUUCCUACCUGGCAAUGCAGGAUCCCAGGUCGAACGAUGACCGUCCUCCAAUAGCCCGCACUGCCAAGGACAUGAGGGUACAGCCGGGAGAGCCAGUGAUGCUGAGAGGCAUAGAGAGCACGGAUGACCGAGGGAUAGUAAGCUAUGAAUGGAAACAGGUCGUCGGGAACCCCUCCGUGGAGAUGAAGAAGCACAAAGACGAUCAAGUAGAGAUCUCCAACCUACAGGCAGGGAUUUACGUCUUCCAGCUUACUGUCACAGACACUGCACAACAGCAGGACUUCACCAACAUCACCAUCAUGGUGCUGGAUUCUGAGCAGACUGAAGAGCAUUGUUUGACUCCUAAGAAGGUGGGUUGGUGCCGGGGAUCUUUUCCGCGCUGGUUUUACAACCCGAGCCUUCAGCAGUGUGAGGAGUUCAUUUUUGGUGGCUGCAAGCCCAACAAGAAUAACUAUUUAAGGGAAGAGGAGUGUCAGCUCGCCUGCAAGAAUGUUAGAGGUUCUGUUGGUGGGCGACAGCAGCCAGUGUGCAAUGGGAAGUGUCAACCCCCAUUCUUCAAAUGCAAGGAUGGUUGCUGCAUCGAUGCUUAUCUGGAGUGUGAUGAAACUCUUGACUGUGCUGAUGGAUCAGAUGAGAUGUAUUGUGAACGAUAUGCUCGUGAGUUCAACAGACUACAGAAAAUCAAUGUCACACACCAGCAAGAUCACUGUGUGGAGUUGCCUGAUACUGGACAGUGCACCGAGAGCAUCCCUCGCUGGUACUACAACCCGUUCUCUGAGAAAUGUGACCCCUUCACCUAUGGGGGCUGUGGAGGCAACAACAACAACUUUGAAAAGGAGGACGAGUGCAUGAAAUCAUGUUCAGGCAUCACAAAAGCAGAUGUCAUUGGCCGGAGAUGGGAAUCAUUUGAGCCCCAAAGUGGUCUCUUAAGUGCUUUUGAGGUAGUGAUUGCUGUGCUCCUCGGGAUCUGCAUCAUGGUGGUCCUGGCCAUCAUUGGCUAUUUCUUCCUGAAGAAAAGGAAGAACAGCGGCCGGCAUCAGCCAUCUACUGCUACCAACUCCACCCUCUCCACCACAGAGGACACUGAGCGUCUGUUUUACAGCAGUGCCACCAAACCAGUCUGACCAACAGCCUCUCCCCCUCCAGCCCAGUAAUGGGGCACUCCCCAGAACUUCUGGAGUUCUGUUUUAAGACACGGGCCAGUGCCUGAAGGACGUUUUCCCUUUGAAGACAUUUGUCAGGCCAAGGUCUAGCCGUGAUUUGGCAGUACUGGUGUUUGUUAUUGUGUUGGCUAAAUGGCUGCUCUGGAAAGUGAGGAUCUGGGAGCAUUUUGAUGCUCUGUGAUGUCUGUCCCUCCCUAACCUCAAACAAUCCAGUGAGACUCUGAAUUACAUCUUACUUCCUGCUCAAACCCGGAGCACAACUCCACUCAACUUCCUGAAGGACCCUGGGACUGGAUCUGAGUAGCCUUUGCACUGGUGAAUAGUGAAAGCUCACCAGAGCCACCAA